AUGUUAUCCCUAUGCACCCAUAAACGAGCGCAGCUAUCCCCUCAAAUUCCUUCAGUCGCAGAGUUCACCGCGUCAGACAGUGGAGGUACCUUCUCCAUAACAUCAGACCUCCAGAUCCUUGUCGACGAGAACUUCGCGGACGAGCUCACGGACUAUGCUGCUACCUUUCGAGAAGACCUCAUCUGGAUAACCAACUUCACCGACCUUCCUGUCGUCACUGUCGCGCCCAACGCCGAUGGUGGAGAUCAGUCCGUCGUCUUUCUGACCAUCGGAGACUCAAAUCACACGCUCUAUAAUGGCGACAGCACUCUCGAGGGCUAUGACUUCGAGAUCACCGAUACGGUGUACACCAUCUCGGGCUCAGGUACACUUGGAACGUGGUGGGGCACGCGCACUUUGCUGCAGCAGGCAGUCCUCAGCGCCUCGGGCGACUCGGAUGCCCUGCUGAUACCCACGGGCAGCGGAUCUGAUUCGCCCGGCUGGGAAGUUCGCGGCUUCAUGCUGGAUGUUGCUCGGCAUUACUUCGAGACCUCCUUUGUCGCCGACAUGUGCGUAUACGCGUCCUUCUUCAAGCUGCAAACCUUGCAUCUGCACGUUUCCGACUUCAUCUACAACGAUCCACACCUGCAUACCGUGGGAGACGCGUGGAAGGAGGACUAUGCAGCAUUCCGCCUGCAGCCGUCGGAAGGCUCUCCCAUCGCCGGCUUGGUCGUGGGGAUGGAGAACGAGACGUGGUCUUAUGACGACUUUACCGCCCUCCAAGACACCUGCACCGCACACGGUGUCACCCUCAUCCCCGAAAUCGACACCCCAGGCCACUCCCUCGUCUUCACCAAAUGGAAGCCCGAGCUUGCCAUCCCCCUCGCACCCGACUUCCUCAACCUCUCCCUCCCCGAGUCCACCGCCAUCGUAAAAGCCGCCUGGGAUGAAGUUCUCCCCUGGUUCACCGCCUCCGAGGUCUCCAUCGGCGCGGACGAGUACGACAGCUCGCUCGCCGACGACUACAUCGCCUUCGUCAACGACAUGGCGUCGUACAUCGCUAACCAAAGCAAGAAGGGCACCCGCAUCUGGGGCACGUACGAGCCGAGCGACACGUCCUCGGUCUCGAAGGACGUGACGAUCCAGCACUGGAACUUCCCAGGGGACUCGAUUCCGGUGCAGCUCAUGGACCAGGGCUAUCCCGUCAUCAACUCCGAGCAGCGGUUCCUCUACAUGGUCGGGAAGUACUCGCCCUACUUCCCCUACGAGCUCGACCAGGACCUCCUCUGGGGCAGCGCGCCCGACGGUGGUGGCUGGGCGCCAAAUAUCUUCAGCGCGGACGAUCAGACGAACAACACGUCGGUGGAUAAUCCGCUGCUGCGAGGCUCGAUCAUGGCGCUGUGGAAUGACUAUGGGAACAAUGCGUCGACGCCGUUGGAUGUGUACUUCCAAGUGGCGAAGAGUAUUGCGACGUUCGCGGAGAAGGCGUGGGCGGGGUCUAGGGUGCGGGAUACGGAGCUCACGCAGGAGCAGUUCGAGCAGGUGUACCCGAUCCUGGAGGCAAAGGCGCCGGGCCAGAAUCUGAGUCGCGCCGUGCGGGGCGCUGCUCCGGGCUCGACACUGGUUAACUACACGGCGCUAGACGAUGUGCCGACGAACACCUCGUACCCGUCUGUCGGACCGCCGUACACCUUGACCUUCACCAUUACGCCCGACGCCGAUAACGGGACCAUAUUCGCAGGAACGGACACCGCCCUCCUCGUCUCGUCUUUGGCCUUCCAGGACAUUGCCACCAAUCAGUUCUAUCCUAUCGACUACACUCUUCCGCUCGGCGAGCCGACGACUGUGCAGAUCCGAGCGACUCGCUUGUAUACCGUGGCCGAAAUCGGCGGCGUAUCCUACCUAUAUCAGACCACCAUGGGUAUUUCAGGCAACUCUCUACACGUAGCGAACAUGUCCUUCGCGGCGCCCGCGCAGACCAUAGGUAGCGAAGGCGUCUUGCUGGAGGAUGUCUCCUUAGUCUUGGGUUAG